AUGUUCAAUCACGGAGGAGGGUUUUUUACUCCUAAAAAUUUCUAGUUUCCUUAGCAUUUCACACCAAAAACUCUUAUUGGUCACUCAACUACAACAAAUGAAAGCUGUUCGCUAAUGUUGGAUUCUGAUGUAAGAUCAGUGACAUAUGCACUAAAAAGCUCAAAAGAAAGCACACUUCGCCAAGAAACGAACUCAACAUAGGGAGAAAACAAAAAUAUUAGGAUGAUAGAAUAUGAAGAAUUCGAAAAAAGCAACUCAUCUUAAAUUUAAUAUUCUCAAGAGUAAAAUAAUCACCAUAAUAAUUUAAUAGUAGAUGUUAGCACUGGGCGCAGUGGCAAACUUAUAGCUGAAGGAACACUUAGUCAUGCAGAUAGUGAAGAAAGAAACCAAGAAUAGAAUUUACAGUUUGAUUUCAAACUCAAGUAAUAAUAAUAAUCAAUUUCUUCUUCUUAAUAGCUGCUUGAUUCUUAAAAUUUUACAGAAAACUAGCGCAAUAAUCUUCAAUCUAAUGAUUUUUGGAUAUAAAAUGUUAAGUUGGAUUCAGAGUUACAAUUUGUAAAUAAAAGCCUUUAAAAAUUAGAUUUGAUAGAAAACAUCUAAAAUAUUUAAGAUGAAAAUAAGUUGUUAGGAUUUAGACACGAUGAUUUAUCUAGCAAUAAUAUUUUAUUAUAAAAUAAUCAAUAAGAAAAUCAUAUGGAUAAUAUUAACUAGAUUAUCUUAACUUAAGAAAAACCAAAAAAUAGAAUGCAAAUUAUAGAACUACAACAACAGCCAGAGUAAUAAUAAUAAGAGUAGGUUAUUAAAACAGCUUAAAGUGGCAAAGAAAAAAGCAAGAUUUAUGUGCAGGAUAACAAUUUUUAAGAGAGUAUAAUAUAUGAAGAAGAGGAUAGUGAAAACUCUAAAAGCACUGAUAGAUAAUAUUACAAACUAAAUAGAAGUAUUUCAAAUUAAAUAUUAGGUUAGAUAAAUUCUAUGCCAAGGUGUCAAUCUUCAGCAAGAAACGAAAGUCAGUAGAAAAAUUGCUCCAAUAAAAAUCUUCACAACACAUCUAAAAAUAGCUAGGCAUCAUUCAAUCAAAGUGUUUAAGCUUUCAAUAUUGAAGAAGAAAAUAGUGGGUCUAAACAAUAAUAAUAACAAAUAUUAUUUUAAUAGAAUCAAAUAAAAAGUUAAGAAAAUUCUCAGCAAAUGCAAGAUAUCAAUCUUCCUAAUUUAUCAGAAUAACUGAUAUAUCAAGUAGAGCAAUAAAUCGAAUAAAAAAAUUAAAAUAACAUUAAAUUUGUUACUUUUGAUUCUUAAUAGAAUUAGAAUUAGCAGACGAAGUAGAGCUAUUAGUAAUCUAAAGAGUAAUUGAAAAAUAGCUUUUUUUAGGCUAAUAAAUAGCAUUUGUGUAUUACUAAUAUCGAUACUAAUUUUUAAAAUUAAGAUUUCAAUUAAAAGCCUUUUUCAAGCUUUUAGUAAAAUAAUGAAAUUAUUUAUGAGUUUUUCGGAGCUGGUAAGAAAGAUAAUAUAAAAGAUUGCUAAGAUGUCUAUAAAUAAUAGCAGAACAUAGAUAUUGAGGAGGUGUAAUUGCAAGAAAAUCAAAUUUAGAAUGAUAAUUUUAACUCAGAUUUGAUACAAAUUACUUCAUAAAACUAGAAUUUAAAAUAAAAUUAAAGUGAAUUAGAUGAAGAAUAUAAGAAAGAGGCAGGGUCAGACAAACUUUUCUAUCCUAAUUCAUCUAAAUGCAAUUAAUCUUCUUUAGAAGAAUGCUACAACAACUAUUAGCAAGAUAAUGAAAUCAAAGAAAAUUAGAUUAAUGGCCCUAUUCAGAAACUAAACUUUGAUUAAUGCUAAAGCAGUGAAGGAUCUUAAAGCUCCAGAGAUGACCUUAACAAUGAUUCUAUAAUAUUGAAGCAGAACUUUUAAAAUUUGAUAACGAAUUACAAAAAAAGAAACUCUAGCUUUCCUUAGUUAAGUAAUAGUCACAACACAAGUAAAAAUAGUAAUUAUAAUACUAACAGUAAUCCAUAGAUUGAAGUGUCUCAAUCAAUAAAUCACAUGAAAGGCACUUCAGUUAGUAAUUCAAAUAAAAUAAACGAAAAUAAAGUUUUACAAGAUAAUUUAGAAGAAUAAGAUAGUUAACAGUAGCCAUUCAGGAGUGGACAAUAUAGUGUAAUCUUAAAAAAGUUAGAAGAAACUCUUGACAUGAAUAGUGAGAGUGAUUUUUAUCUUAUCAAGAAAUUACAACUCUCGCAUGGGCAUGGCGUCUCUUAGUAACAUUCAGAAAUAGAUAAUUCAUAAAAUUAAAUUUAACCCCAAAUAACUUAAUAAUACAAGAAGAUAAAUCCAAUCACAAAUCAAACUUAUAUUUUAGAAGAAACAGGAGAAGAUUUUAUAUUUAAUUCUAAGGAAAUUGAAAGAUUAGAAUAGAUUGACAAUAGCUUUUUUGCUAAUAACAAAGAAAACAUGGGUGGAUAGAAUUCUUCAAUCAAUUUUGAUAGUAAAGUACUACUAGCAGAUACUAUUUAUAGUAGCUGUAACACAAGUCAUUUAUAUUUUAUAAAUUAAUCUUCUGAAAAGAGAGGUUUUAAAUCUCAUUAAAAAGAAAGGAAAUCUCAUUUUAUAAACAUUCAUGAAAAUUCCUACAAUUAAUAAUUAUAAAAUGGAACAUCUUAAUUAAAUAAAGUAAAAAAGAAUUGCUAAAAUGAAAACUAAAUUCCAUGCUAAGCCUUGUCUAAAGCUUAACAGCAACAAAUCAAUAAAAUUUGCUUAGAUAACUAAAAUAGCAAAAAUUCUUUGCUUCAUUUAAAUUAGCAAAAUGAAACAAACUAAAUAUAAAUGUAAAACAGGAAUUCGCAAGUAUCUAAUGAAAGCAGCAAUUAAGAAAUCAAUUACAUAAAAGAAAUAGAGUAUCUGAAGAGAGAAGUUAUCAAAUUAAAUAAAGAUUUAAAGAACAUUGAUAUAUAAAAUUAUAAGUAUUAAGAAAUUAUUGACCAACAACAAGCUAAUAUCCUUCGACUUGAAGAAAAGUUAAUUUAUUACAAAGAUGAGGUAAAGUCAAAGUAAUAGUAAAUAGAAAACAAAGACAUGCAAAUAAAUAAACUUUUUGAAGAAAAAGAAGAGCUAAAAUAGAAAAAGAAAAAACUGAAAGAAUAAAUCAAAGCAAAAAAUUAAGAAAUAUAUUAGCAGUAAAGAGUGAAUUAUACUGCAAAAAACGAAGCAAUUCAUAAGUUGCAAUAACAAAUUGAUUAAAAAAAUGGCAUCUUAAAUGAGAGAAAUGAAUAAUUCUAAGUAAUAUAGCAAUAAAUUUCUGACACAAGCAGCUAGCUUGAAGCUAAAUAAUAAGAAAUUCAUUAUCUUAUUUAAGAAAAUUUAUAGUUGAAAGAAUAAAUAAAAUUUUACUCUUAUGAUUAAUCAAAUAGCUACCUAUAAACUUCAAACAAAAGCUUUACAGGUAAUACUAGUUAGUUCAAUUAGAAUUGUGCUAGAAAUAACAAAGUAGCUAACUCAGAGUAUAAUAACAAAUAUGAAAGUAAUUUAUAACCAAAUUAAACAACUUCCUCUUCUUCUUCCUCUUCUACAUAAUAUGUUUAAUAAUUUAUUUAAUCUGGAAAUAAUUCUCAAGAUUAGAAAUCGUCCAACCUAUCAAAUUAAAAUGAUAAACGAAUUCGUUCAUUUUCAUAGAACGACACAUGUAAUUAAAACUAAUUUUAUGGCUAAAAAACUGCUUUAAAUUUAGAUCAUAUGAUCUCUUCAUAACCAUAUAACUUAACAGAGGAGUCCCAAUAAUUUUUAACAAAAAGUACUUAAUAAGACAUAAUAAGUAGUUAAGAAAUGCAGGGCUAAUAAAUAUUUAGUCAUCCUAGAUCUUCUUUCCAAGGAAAUUAAAUGAUUGGAGCAGAUUAAAACUAGAAUAGAUUCUAAAAUAGCUUGCAGGGAAAUUAAGAUAAGCUUAAAAAUUAACAAGUUCGAUACAGCUAUGAUAAUUAUAAAAACUACUAACAAAAUCAGUAAAAGCCUACAAAUUUACCUUAGCCGAUGACAUUAAAUUCAGCUAUCGCUUAAUACAAAAUUUAAGCAUUAGAAGAUAGAAAGUACACUGAAACAAUCAAUAAUACUAAUUCAAGCAAUCCUAUCCUAGUUAAUUAAUAAUAUAAUCCACUUGAGUCUUCAUUUAAGUAAUCUAAAAGCCAAAAAUAAAUAGAAAAUAACACUAAUUCUAGUACUUCUUUUGGUUUUAAUUGUAAUGAAUCAAUUAGCUAAUUAGGUAACAGAAGUUAAAUUUCAACAUCAUGCAAUAGCAGACACUAUGAGUCUCAUGCAAGUAACAGCUAAGUAGCUAGCAAUAAUAAUUCAUAAAAAAGUUUAAUAAGUGUUAAUUAAAAGAAUUAGCAAAACUAAUAUUAAUAGUAACAACAAAAGUAACAAAUACAUUAAUAAAAUAAUUAUUAUGAAAAAAAUGAUCCUUAAAGCAAUGUAAGAUCGAGGACAGGUGAUCACAGUAGCAAAAAUCCUCAAUAUACCACUUUUAACGAAAAAGCAAGAAACAGUUCAUCAUAAACAAGCAAAGAAGUUUACUCAUAAAACUCAAGAUUGCAUAAUAAUUACUCUAAUAAAGAGAAUUUGCAACAAAAAUUUGAAAACACAUAAUAAAAUAACUUAAAUAAAAACUACUCAACUAAAUUGCAAGAAAACACUGUGUUAAACUUAUAAAAUAAUAAAUAGCUAAAUAAUUUUAAUCAAAAUUAAAUUAAGUUAAACUUUUAAGUUGGUGAAAGAGUUUCAACUUCUCCAAGCAGAAAUUAAAAAGGAAAUUAAAUUAUCCAUGACGAACUAAACGAAUAUAACUCAGUACCUUCAUACACUAAUAAUGAGCUGGUUUAAGAAAAUAAAUAACUUUUAGGAGAAUAUAUUUACUAAAAUUAAUUAAAUGGUAGAAAAUAAAUGUAAAAUAACAUAGACGUAGCUUCAAUCAAUAAUAAAAUUAAUUCAAAUAAUAAGUUGAUUUAAAAUUUAAAUCUCAAUAAAAAUAAGUAAAGCUCAUGUUAAGGCAGUACACACUCAAUAACUCAAAACAAUUAAAUAAAUAGUAACUAAAAUAUCCAAUAAAAAAUAAAAAGAGAGCAUUCCUAUUCUUUAAAUUCUUAGAUUACUUAAAUGGAUUAAAAUAAUUAGUAAAAUCCUUAACUAAGUUCAUCCUUGAUAGAUUAGAAUAAGUUUAAAAAGCCUCCGAGAUCGACAAACGAAAUGAGGUAAUCAUUAUAAGGAUCUUCACAACAGUAGAUUUUGAUUUCUACUCAGCAAAUUAAUGUAAACAACCAUAACGAGAACAUCAAUUUUGGAAACAUAGAAAAUAGAAAUUCAUAAAAAUAGGUUGCUUUUUCAAUCCAAGCAAACCAAAUAAAUGAAUUUUCUAAGUAAAACAACAACAACAAUAACAACAACAUCAACAACGAAUUAAGUAUGCAACAGAGUAUUUAAUUAAAAUAAUAAUAACAAUAGCAAUAUUAUCAUCAUCAACAACAGUAAUAACAACUGUAAUCUUCUCAAAGAUUUGAAAAAUUCUAAAAGUGGAAUAAUCAAAUAAACAGUUUGAUUUGA